AUGAUCCAAGAAAAGAUGAAGGAAUCUCAGAGUAGGCAGAAGAAUUAUCACGACAAGAAAAGGAAGGAUCUUGAGUUUCAAGAAGGUGACCAUGUUUUUCUAAGAGUCAGUUUUGUGACCGGUGUUGGUUGUGCUCUAAAAUAUAAGAAGCUUACUCCUCGCUUUAUUGGACCAUGUCAGAUUACUCAGAGGAUUAUAAUUGUUGCCUACCGUGUGGCUCUACCCCCAAGUCUCUCGAACCUGCAUGACUUUUUCCAUGUGUCGCAGCUCCGAAAGUAUGUGCUUGAUUUAUCUCACGUAAUCCAGAUGGAUGAUGUGCAAGUUCAGGAUAAUCUAACUGUUGAGACAUCGCUUGUUCAGAUUGAGGAUAGGGAAGUGAAACAUCUACAGGGCAAAGAGAUUAUUCUUGUGAAGUUUUUUUUUGGGGGGGGGGAGCUAUUGGAGGUAGUAUUGUUGGUGUAA